AACCCAUCUCACUCACUCAAGUCUCCAAACUCAAUUUUAUUUCGUAAAUGUAUCCCAAACAACUUAAUCUACACGAUUGCCCCUCUAGUGCCCUUAAGACCAUGAAGAACGAGAAGGACCAAAAUGUGGAGAUCAAGGAGGUCAACAUGAUCGACAAGAGAGAAAGAGAAAGAGAAGAGGAAGAGGAAGAAGAGAGGAAGAUUGAUACGUUCUUCAAGCUUAUCAAAACGUAUCAAGAAGCACGAAAACGAAGACGAGAAGAAUUAACUAGGAACUCCGGUGAAUCGAGGAAGAAAUGGAACGGGGGAGAGAGAUCCUGCGUUGUGGUCCCGGCGUUUCUUCCGGAAGAUUUCUCUGAGUGUCGUAUGGAUUUAAAGCCAGUUUUGGUUGUUGCUGAUCACAAGGAAGAUGAUGGCAAGGUGAAAGAAGAGGAGGAGGAAGUAGUAGAGAAGGAGGGACAAGAAGAGAAGGGUUUAGAUCUUAAUCUUGCUUUGUAGGAUAUUAAUCUAUUUUUUUCUGUUCUUUUCUUUUAAUUUCUCACUUUCAUUUAUGAUUUGGAACUUGACAUAAAUAUUUCAGUUUAACUCGAAAGUGUGUACGAUGGAACUAAGCUGGAACAUUGCUCUCAUUCUUUUACAUUUGCUAAAGUUCAAUAAGGAAUCGGUGAUUGUCUAAACUGAUUUUUGGAACUUUACACAGUUUUUUUUUGUAAAAAAUCAUUAAAAAUAGUUUAAUACUAGGUAGUAACCCGCGCCUUGCGCGGGAUGAGAUUAUUAGAUCAGCAAUUUUUCGAAAAUAUUAGAAAGUAUAUAUAUAUAGUUUGGAAUUUGGGUUU